AUGCUGCAGUUUCAGGCUGUAACCUUCAUGCGUCACUAUGCAUCUGCAUUAUUUGACGUACAACUGUCACUUGGUCUGGUCUGCACAACCUUCCUACUUGUACACCGAGCCUUUCUUUGUUCUGUUCUCAGGUUUUUCUUUCGGAGUGGCAAUAUCGAGCACCCAGGUGACAAGCUGUUCAACACCACCGUUGAAGUUUUACCUUUUGACACAGAACUGUCAUGGAAGGAGACCUUACUGGAUGGUAAAGACAAGACUCCCAAAUACCAGAGAACAGAAGAUGGGUAUAUCAGAAUCGCUUUCUUUGUAAAUGGUAUCGCUGAGGGAGUUGUGGAUCCAAUGUUUGGACCACUGGAGGUUGUCCGUCUGUCCACCCUAUCAGACUCGCCAGUUUGGGUGAUACUCAGUGAGAUAUUUAUAAAGAAAGCUGAGACUUAAAAGUAGAGAAGAUUUAGUUUUGACCAUGAUGGAGUGGGCUCUCCUCUGGACUGGAACUUAUCUCGUGGAAUCUCUUCUUUGAUCAUCGAUUUCAUCGCAGAAAGACUCAACCAUCUGUUGGUCAAUUCAGGAAGAGAGGGAAUACCCUGAGUAAGGCAAACACCCUCCCCUCCUCCCUCCAAAAACUGCCUACUCUUGACACAUCAAAGAACAGCUUGUGCCUGACGGGACUCCAUUUUAUACUUAACAGAACAAAAAUUGUGUGGAAAAAAAAAUCUGUUUAUAAUAGGAUCUUCCAUUCCAAUGCAUUCUGAUCCAAUUUAUUAAAAGUGGCAAAAUUUUUAACCUCUACCUUAUUGAUUGUGUCGGCUGUGAGGUACUAAACUGAUGGACAACUUCACUUCGGAGAAAGAUGGGGAGUGAAGGAGGAGGACUGGGAUAGCCAGCACUUCUCAUUGAAGGGAGGAGGUUUGUGGUGCCUCUCUAAUGGAAGAAAGAGGAUGGAGACCAGAGUAUGAGGGUGGUCUCUGAACAACGAAUGUCUCAAAUCAGGGAUUUAUCCAGAUCAUUUACAUACAUAUUUUUACUCAUUUUAGAGACAAUUUUAUAACCACUAAAAUCAACAAUAUUUCAAAUAUCAAGCCUAAUUGCUGAUUGUUAAUACCUGAAAUAUUUGACUUAAUUCCUUCAAAAAAGGGUGUUGGAUAAAUCCCAUGUAGAAUUCUCAUGUAGAUUUGAAGAUGAAAUGUGGAAAGAAAAAUCGCUUUCUCAGCAGGGUUUGGUGAGGGGGUGGGAGGGUGAAGGUUUGAAGGCAGUUUGGCCCUUUUACUGCUGAACUGAUGGUGUGGAAAUUUGACACACAAAGUUGAAUGUGAAUGCUCUAUUCCAGAUCCUCUGGAGGUUGAGGGGUACUCAGUGUCAAGAGCUCAUUCAUUUACUUUGCCCACUGAAUGCAGAUCUUUGUUUAUAAAUCCUUGUCAACCAAAACAAAGCUGUAUAAGAUUCUCUGCUUAUUUAUGGUCCAAAUGUUGAAGGGUCUUAAUGUUGCCAUGUCAAUAAUUGUACUGCAAAAGUUGGUGUGAAUAGAAAGUAGAAGCCUCUCUCUGCUCCCAUCAACCUUUUCAUGUAAAAUUAUUGUGGGGAGGAAUUCUACUCCCCAAGGUCUUUUUAUGUUAAUGGUAAUAAAGUUCAGUGAAUGGAAGAAAGAAUUUAAUAUAUUCAUUUUAUAAACUGUACUAUUUUACACAACAAUCUGUAAAUGCGGUCCAGUUUGUAGAUAAUAAAUGUGUAUCAUUAAUAAUGCAUAAUUGUGAAUGGAGGAAAAUCAUUGUAA